AUGGAGUGGCCUUUAGAGUGCUACACACGCGCCUCUCCGCCGUCCCCUCGCCCUUCCCCUUUUGAUUCCCUCUUUCUCCCUACUGUUUCCCAUCCCUUCUCACCACUUCCCACCCCUUCCCACCCAUCCUCACAGCACGGAGUGGCCUUCAGAGUGCUGCACACACGCCUCUCCACCGUCCCCUCGCCCUCCAUGCUCCACCCCACUCCUCCCCCCACCCCCUCCUUCCCACUCUACUCCACCUCCUCCUACCUGCCUCACCCAGCAAUCCCUCUAACCGCCUCCUUUGCACCUACCACACUCCCUCCACACCUCUCUUCCGCUCCUGCCUCUUUCUCCUCCAAGCCCUCCUCUCGCUCCUCCUCCCCUCCACCUCACUCCUCCCUCUACGGCCCACUCCCCCACUCCCACCUCCUCUCCUCUGCUUCAGCAUCAGUAUUGGGAAUUGCUUCGCAGCCCAUUUCCAUUCCAUCGCACAGCAGUAAUGCUGGAGCAGCAGCAGGCACGGGAAGCAGCCAAGAGGAGCGCAUGGGAGCAGGACAAAGCCCAUCUGCUCCUUCCGCCACUCCCACUGCCACUGCCACUGCUGCUGUUCCAGCCAUUCCCUCAGCGGGUCCAGCGUUUCCCCUCGCUGCUGCUGCCAUGCGCAGUGCUUCUUUCAACGCCUUCCUCUCCCCUGCUGCCUCUGCUUCUGCUGCUUCCCCCGCUGCUUCAGCCGCUGCUGCAGCUGCUGCUGCACAUGCCUUUGGUUUGCCGGGUGAGGAAGGUCCUGGGAUGGGUGGUGGUGAUGAUGGGCGGUUGGGGAGUGGGGUGGGCAGAGGGGGAGUGUCGCUGUCACAGCAUGGAGGUGGGGGGUUCUUUCAACCAUUACAGCAGGAGUAG